CGUCUCGUUUCAUCCUUAGGAACUUCCCAUUUGCCUUUGCCUGCUGCUAUCAAGUAAAGAUUAAAUGAAAGAGGAAGAAUUAUGAUAGAUCGGUAGCAACAGAGGUGUGGCGAGGUGGAGCUCGAAGGAGGGAUGAAUGGAACGGCAGCGCUACGACGCAGCGUCGGGGCUGGUGCAGGCGCCAUCAGUGGUGGAGCCAUCGAACCAGCACCCAUCGCCACUCUGGUCGUAUACAAGGACGAUGCUGGGUUUGGAAUGAAAGUUUCUGGCGACAAUCCAGUCUACGUUCAGUCUGUAAAAGAAGGCGGUGCGGCAGCAAGAGCUGGUCUUCAUGCGGGUGAUAAAAUAAUCAAGGUGAAUGGAGUCAAUGUGAUGCAAUCUACGCAUACUGAUGUAGUUCAGCUUAUAAAGUCAUCGACGCAAGUUGUACUGACAGUGCAACAGAAACCAGUAACGUCAAGUGGUGGCGCAGCAGCAGUAACAGCGAUAGCGACAGCAACUACAGCAACAACAACCUCUGGUCUACAAGUUGGUGUAGUUGGUGCAACGAGUCAACCUCGUCCAGUCAGUUUGUCGACGGCCGGAAACAUGUCACCUUCGCAACCGGUGACUUCCCUUCACAGAGCAUCCACUGCACCGGCGGGCAGUGCUCCGUGUAAUACUCGAAUUACGGGUCCACAACCAGUUGACCUUGAGAAAAAGCGGCAGUUGGAAACACAGAGAGUCCACACAUUUCAACUUAUGUUGGAAAAAGAACAAAGUUACGUAGAUAAAUUACGAAGCGAGUUAGCAAAAACUGGCACUGGCAGUAGCAGCACUCACAUCUCGGCCAUACAGUCGGAGCUGGCUGGUGCUGAGAGAAGAGUACGCACCUUACAGGAACAACUUGCGGCGAUUAGUACGACAAACGAACAGUUUUCUCAAGAUGUCAAUUUGAACGCUUCAAACGCGCUCAGUAAACAUCAGCGAACCAAGUCCAGUCCGGAACAAUUGGGAAUAACGGCAAUAUCUCCAUCGGAAGCUAGUAAACGUUUAAUCGCUUCUGAAUCAAUGAACGAUUUGUUACCUCCAAGACAUGUCAGGCAUAAUGAUAUCGAUAUCAAUGAAUUACCAUGUAUUACACCACCGGGAACACCACCGCCACCAUAUCCUGCCCCUGUUUUAGGGCAAGACGUUUUCUCAUCCACAUUAAAUGAUGCACUUGCGACUGAUAUUAUUCCUGGAUUGCCAACGUUCCAACAGCCAAUUAUGUCAAUGGAAGAAGAUGACGUUAGCGAUCAAGAAAUCGGUCAAUUAGAAGAUCAUGGACCGUUCCAAUCUUUAUCCAGACUAUGGGGACAUCAUGCACACCUUGCUGUAUUUAUUAAUUAUGUGUUAUCUAAUAGUGAUCCUUCUAGUUUGUUAUUUUAUUUAGUAACUGAUUUAUAUAAGGAAGGAAAUGCCAAAGAGAUGAAAAAAUGGGCAUAUGAAAUUCAUUCUAGUUUUCUAGUACCUGGUGCGCCAUUACGUCUGCAUAAUGUAGAUGAGAAUGUUGCCAAUGAGAUUGAUGAUGUCCUUUUGAAAGAAUCUGAUAAAGAAGAAAUUCUCAGAAAGAUAUUUUGGAAAGCACGUAAUAGAGCGAAGGAAGAAUUAAAUGAACAGUUAACGCAUUUUCAACAGAAGAGGACUGCGGGAUUAGCUACAAUUUUUGGUCCAACCGAUAUUUCUCUUGAUGAGAGCAUGUCUGAUAAAUCGCGCGAAACGAAAAUUAUUGAGACAUAUCUUUUGCCGAAAAUGGAACCUUAUUUGGAAGACAUAGAGAAAGAACAUGUGGAUUUACGGCUUUUUACGACAGCAGCUGGUCUAGCUACUGUAUUGAUAAAGAUUUUUCAAUUACGACCGGUAUGGAUCGAUCGAGUACCUACCUUUGUUGCAAAAGAUAAAUCCAACAUCAAAGCACGACUUCUUAUUGGAAAAUCGCGUAAGAUGACGAUCAGAGGACAUCAUUUUGUAGCGCAUCAGUAUUUUACAAUAACUUACUGCAAUCAUUGUCAACUUAUUAUCGGCGGUAUUGGACCUCAAGGAUAUUUAUGCAAUGAUUGUUCCCUCAAUGUACAUCGACAAUGUGUUCGUGUAGUAGAAGAAAACUGUCCAGGUCCUUUAAUGCGAAAAGAAAGAGCCAAUGAUAGGAUCAGUAAACUUAUGGAACGUAUUCGACCGGAAAGGAAACUUCCAUCAUCCCAUCAUUCUCAAAACUAUGGAUCCCAUCUUGACAAAAUAAAGAAAAGUGAAGAAGAUUCCGGUAUACUAACGGAUGGAGAAAAUGGUGAACAUCGCGCGGGCAAUUUGGCCGGAAACACUCGCAAUAGCUGCGAGAGAAUGCGAAUUUCCAGUUUAGGAGGAACCAACGAUCAUGCCGACAAUAUGGACAAUCCUUCCUCACGAGAAGACAUUUCUGAAAUGGUCCAGCAAAAUAUUUCCAGUAAGCCAAAGACGUCAAACAUCAACAGGUCUGAAAGUUACAAGGAGCGGAUACAUCAUAAGCGGCAGUUGAGAGAAAAAAGGAAGACCAGUGAUCCGAAUCUGUCCAAAACAAAAGUUGGUUCCAGUGAUUGUGAGCCUUCCGGUAUAUUUCCUGGGAACUCGGCUGGUAGUUCAUCGAAUAGCAGUCUCUCAACGAGGAGUCUGGAUAGUCCUAGUACCAGUUUGGAACAGGUACACCCAACUUCAUCGGCAAACGCGUCAACUUCGUGGGACAGUGAUGUUGAUGUUGAGGCUGAUCCGCCGGAUUGGAGUCAGGCUGUUACCGAAGACGUUCUCGCUCAGCUCAGCAACUCUGAGAAAAAAAGACAAGAUGUUAUUAAUGAGCUAUUUCACACCGAGCGCUCUCAUGUCCGCGCGUUAAAAGUGCUUUCACACGUCUUCCACAAACCUCUGUUGGAGUCCCAAGUACUACCGUUAGAUCAGAUUCAAUUGCUUUUCUCUAAUCUGGAUGAAAUGUUGAUGAUACAUUCACACUUUAAUCAAGCGAUGAAACGAAAGAAAAAGGAAAAUCCAUGCGUGAGUGAUGUAGGUGAACUUCUGUUGGAGAUGUUCGACGGUGAAGCUGGUGAGAUCUUUGAAAAGGCUGCGUCGACUUAUUGUGCUAAGCAGCAAGUUGCUUUAGAUGCUCUGCGCGAUCGUCGGCGUAAAGAUUCUAAGUUAAAUGCCUUCCUGAACGACGUAGAAGCAAAUCCGUUAUGCCGCCGGCUUCAGUUGAAAGAUCAUAUAUUAACUGGCAUGCUGCGACUCACAAAGUACCCGUUGCUCUUUGAAAAUCUCGCCAAGUACACGCCGAACAAUAAUGAAAAAGAAAAAGCAGCUAUAUUGCGUAGCCUCGAGCGUAGUAAAGAGAUACUAAGUCGCGUAAAUCAGGCGGUGAAGGAGGCCGAGGAUCACCAACGACUUACAGAGAUUCAACGAACGAUCGAUCGAUCAGCCUUUGAUAAAUUUGAUCAUCCGAUGGUGCAAGAAUUCAAGAAUCUUGAUAUUACAAAGCGCAAAUUGAUUUAUGAAGGACCGCUGCAGUGGCGGCGUACUGAGCCGAAUCGAUCGAUACCGAAUCGUUCAGUGCCGAAACCAGUCGAUCUGCAUGUAGUACUGCUCGACGAUACAAUCUUUUUUUUGCAUCGGCAAGAUGAUAAAUAUCUGCUUAAGUUUAUCAAUACGACCAAUCAGGCGGGAAAUUCCGUGCUGAGUCCGAUUGUGAAGUUAUCCACUGUACUAGUGCGUCACAACGCCGCUGAGAAAGAUUCCCUCUAUCUUGUUAACACUUCAGAAAAUGGAGCGCAGAUGUAUAAUUUAGUGGCACCAUCUUCGGCAGAACGAAAACUCUGGUGCAAACACAUCUCCGAAGCUGUGGAGGCUUAUAAAGCGCGUGAUCGUCAGGACAGAAGAUCAACGCCAUCCGCUACACUAGCGGAGGAGCCAAUGCAUUCGAUGGAAGAUGCAUCGCCUUCCGGAAUAGAAACGGAUAGUAUAAAUGUCGAAAAAGACCAGCCGGAAGAUCGAGAAUUGAGGGAUCUUGGACAAACUACUGCCGGCAUGCAAGAGCAUGACGAAGAAAUGCCGGAAACCACUACCAUCACGGGAACUCCUACAACUGAAUAUACACAACAGCGGAUACAAUCAACUGCGGAGUCGUCAACAACAGGUAUGACAGAAUCUCUACGAAUGGUCACGUGUACUCAACUAUCAUUAAUAGAUCCAUUGGAAGUUCAUGUGGAAGCACCACCAGUACACGUCGCAGAACCGAUUCUUACGCCAAUAGAAUGUCUGAGGCGUAAGGAUGAAAUAAUUAAACAAGCUCUGCGCGAAAAGCAAUUAUUGAUGGCGGAUAUAUUAAAUAUUCCUAAAGAAGAUUUUGAACAUGUGGCAGACAUAGCAUCUGACCCAUCCACUGUGGAAAAGGAACCUGCUGAAUUGAUACUUGCUGCUAUUACUCAAACUGAUCAGCUGAUGGGAAUGCUGAAUUCUUCAUUGAAUAUAAGUGAGACGGAAACAAUAUUUGCGUCAUGUGGAUCAUCGACAUUAUCAUCUUCUGCGUGUGAAGCUACUGGUUGUCCAUCGUUACGAAAUCAUUCACAUCCUCAACAAUCAGUCAUGGGAAUGUUGCAGCCGAUCUGUUAUUAUCUAACAUCCCAACUCUCACAACUGUCACAACUCCUGGAGAUUGUAAAAGAGAGAGAAGAAGAGCGAGAGAAGCUGCGGAAAGAAUUGCGAAGAAGCAGGGAACGUAUACACGCGCUUGAUAUUGAGGUGCAACGUCGUGAAUUUUCGGAAUUAAUAACCACGACAACUCACACGCAAACGAUGCUUGAUGAUCUUGUGCGGCAAGACAAUAGCAGCAAUGACUUCGCUCAUCAUGAUGACCUCAUUGAUACGUACGGAGAAACAGCUACUGCAGAUUGCGGAUAUGUGGAAGACCUUGAGCUUAAAGUGGAAACUGAAGGUGACAACGUCGGUUGAAAUAUGUACUGAGAAACAUUUUAUCGAUGUCCUUCUUGAUGUGGUGCAUUUCAUGUGCGGUGCUGGAACGCUUUUGCAUAAUAGGAGAAAUCAAAAUACGUAGAAAGAAUUGAAAAAUGGACGACGCAUAUACAUGCCAUUUUGCGUAUAAUUCUUUAUUUUGGACGAUAAUAUCGCAUACAGAAGAAAGGCGAAAAAAUUUUUAACUAUUUUAUUUACUCCUUUUUUGGAAUUUUGAUGUAUGUAACAUAAAUCACAUAAGUCACACGUCAUUAUCUCUUCUAAUUACUGAAGAUUUAAUGUAUUAUUUUAUAAAAUGUGAAAUAUA